AACUUUGGGGAUCCCUAAGAAAACUUGGCACAGGACACAGCCACGAUGAAACUCCCCCUACUUCUGGCUCUUCUAUUUGGGGCAGUUUCUGCUCUUCAUCUGAGGGCUAAAACUUCCACCUUGGAGAGCAGCCUGGGAGCUGAGACCCUACCUCAGCAUGGGGAGAUGCCAGAACAAGAGGCUGAGGAGGCCCCUCCUGGGGAGAUGGCAUCAUUGGAGGGAGAGGAGGAAGGGGGUUGUGGCAGUGAAGAUGCCCCGGAGGAAGAGACGGCUGCUGAGUCCAUCUCAGCCCUAGAUGUGGUGGACAAAGACGUUCUGUGUCAGUGUCCUAAGGAAGAGGACACAGUAAAAAUAACGGGGAUCCCUGGGUGCAAGACCUGCCGCUUCAUCCUGGUGAAUGCUGCCAGGAAUUUUAAUUCUGCCCAGGCAACUUGCCGGCGUUGCUACAGGGGCAACCUGGUCUCUGUCCACAACUACAACUUUAAUUCACAAAUCCAGUCCACUCUCUGCACAUACAACCAAGGCUAUGUCUGGAUUGGAGGUGUGGCCUCACGCAGGGGCGCCUGCCUCCGGAUGAGGUGGGUUGACCACAGCUGCUGGAAUUUUUCAUACUGGGCUUGGGGCCAGCCCUCGAUCUGCAAUGGCAGAUGUGUGACCAUGAAUUCUGGAGGAGGCCGCUGGAGUCUAGCCAGAUGCCACCGGUGCCUCCCCUUCGUCUGUUCCUACUGAGCUGGCUCCAGACUUCAGACCCACCACCUCCUGGGCAGCGGCCUCCCUUCCCCUGCCUGCUGCCCCUCCCUCCACCUCCCUGAAAUAAAGUU